AUGUCUUCUCGAGCUAGCUCUAAGGGCCAACCUCCAUCCAUCAGCACUCUUCUGAUUGAUUGGCAUCUUUCCAAGUUCAAAUAUGAGCUCAGAGGUGGUGCCAAGCGAGUGGGAUGCUCGGGCACGUGGCAACUUAUCUCCGCACGACUGCUUAUGAAUCCGACUGCUCAGAACGAAAUUUCUGAUGAUCUUGAGUCUGUCAUUCUCAUUAUGGAAUGGAUGGCACUGAGGUUCCAUCGGCAUUCCUUGUCACAUCGUCAGAAACGCCUGAAGGUCCAUGUCCAGCAAUUCUUUGAAUGGCGUGAAGAAGACAAUGAGACUCAUCGCGAUAUCGGUGGCGAUGAUAAACAUCAUCAGUGGUUAAACGGUAGGAGGGAUUGGGCGCUCUCGCAUUCGAAUGUGAUGCCCGCGUUUGCGAAAUUGCUAGAUUCCCUUCUAAUACUGGCACACAACCAUUAUCUCGCACUUGAAGCUCGCGCGGUGCAGCCAUUCCAGCCAAUUAAGCCAAUUUUCCAGAAAAGCAAGCAAGUGCGCCUGGCUCAACUUCCUCCAAUGCAGCCCGAGAAACAGGCAGCCUGGCUGGAGCCAGACCGAUCUUCCGCAGCCGCAGUUCUUUCAGGGAAGUUGUGCCUUGCUACGCACGAUGAAAUUAUCAAGGUUUUCUUGCAAGCUUAUCAAGCCCUGCAUGGGAGGCUGGCAUUUGAUAAACUCGGCGAUCAGUUCUCAUGUAUUGGCAUGGCCAGAGAGAAGUUCUCUCUGGUGGAGGACACGAAGCAGUUGAAGAAGCACACGACAAGCGAUUAGCAAGGUAAAGCACUGAUGAGGAGGAUUACUCGUAUUUCGGCGCAAGCAAGCACUGCAGGAGAGCACGCAGAGGAUUCGAGCAAGCCGGUCAAGCGAAGGUCGGACCAGAUCGACUAACCAGAGGAGAAGGACGAAGCGAAGCGGCAGGCAACUGGGACAACUCGGAGAGGUCGAAGCUUCAUAACUCGGAGAUCCGCUCGUAGUUCAUUGGAGAUGUCUAUGAUCUUCAGG